AUGGUCAUUGCGCAUGCACCGCUCCUUCUGCGGCUUAGGCCGGCUGCGCAGGCGCACAGGUACCAUUUUGACCGUAAACAUCCUGCCGAUUUGAACCGAGGAUUUGGGCGGCAGGAAGAGCCGCGGCGUAACGGCAGCCAUCUUGUUUGUUUGAGUGAAUCGGAAAGGAGGCGCCGGCUGUGGCGGCGGCUGGAGCUGCUCCGAAGCUACACCUCGAAGGGUUCCCCCCUUUCCCCGCCCCCUCCCCCAACCCUUUUCCCCUCCCCGGGCCACCCAGCCCGCUCAACUCCCAGCGGAGAGCAAGGUAAGAGGCUCGCCGACCCCUUCUUUCCCUUCAGCUUCCUCCCCCCAACCCGUUCCCCGCCGCGCUGCAGUCGUGGAGCGGGACUCCUAGGGACGGGAGGGCGAGGGAGAAGGCAGCACUCGCCGCGGCCCCGCGUGCUGCCACCCUCCCUGCGCCCGAGCGGCGGCGCUACCCGCCCAGCCCUCUUCGCCCCGGGCCCGCCCUCGGCCGGGACCCGUGCAGCCUGGGCCCGCAUCAUCGCUUGUUCGGUAACAAAUGGUUCUAAUCCAUUCUGA